AGCAGCCUGGCUCCUGUGGUUACCAUGGACUUCCUCCCAAAGCAUCCCAAGCAGUGAAGGAGAAAGAUGAGAUCCAGUGCACAUAGAGACGAUAGAGACGAAGUAACCUGUCAGACUUAAGGGAGUAACGCAGAAACGUUGUGUGAGCCACAUUAAAAUGAACAUAUCGUAGCUGAGAGACGUUUUAAUCUAAUUUAAUCCAGCGGUUUGAAAAUCAUCCUUGCUGUAACGUUAGCCCAGCCCUGACUCCCUGUUAGCCAACCUUCCCAGCUAGCAUGCUCCUCCGGCCUUGAACGGGUUUCGCUCUGGAUUACAGACUUCAAAGUGCAAGUUAUUCCAUGUCGGCCUGGCUUUGACAUGAGGAGCGGCCACAUUCAUGCCAAGAGGCACCAUGGCUGCUAAGGUGAAGUGGGUGACUGACAUCGAGAAAUCUGUUCUUCUCAACAACUUUGAGAAAAGAGGAUGGGUGCAAGUGACAGACAGCGAGGACUGGAACUUUUACUGGAUGAGUAUCCAGACCAUUCGGAAUGUGUUUAGUGUGGACACGGGCUACCGUUUGUCUGACGAUCAGAUGGUAAACCAUUUCCCGAACCACUAUGAGCUGACAAGGAAGGAUCUGAUGAUUAAGAACAUCAAACGCUACAGGAAGGAUUUGGAGAAGGAAGGAAGUCCUCUGGCAGAGAAAGAUGAAAAUGGAAAAUACAUUUACCUGGAUUUUGUGCCAGUGACAUUCAUGCUGCCGGCUGACUACAACCUAUUUGUUGAAGAAUUCCGUAAGAGCCCGUCCAGCACAUGGAUCAUGAAGCCAUGUGGAAAGGCUCAGGGUAAAGGCAUCUUCCUCAUCAACAAACUGUCACAGAUCAAGAAAUGGUCCAGAGACAGCCGCACUUCCACGUUUGUGGCAGCUAACAGCGGGAAGGAAGCUUAUGUGAUCUCACUGUAUAUUGAUAAUCCGUUGUUGAUUGGUGGGAAAAAGUUCGAUUUGCGACUGUAUGUUCUGGUUACGACCUACAGGCCGCUUAAAUGUUACAUGUAUAAACUUGGAUUUUGUCGAUUUUGCACUGUUAAAUACACUCCCAGCACUAGCGAACUGGACAACAUGUUUGUGCAUCUUACAAAUGUUGCAAUCCAGAAACAUGGGGAUGAUUAUAACCAUGUGCAUGGUGGUAAAUGGACCGUCAGUAACCUCCGUCUGUAUCUCGAGAGCACCAGAGGAAAGGAGGUCACCAACCACCUCUUUGACCAAAUCCACUGGAUCGUGGUGCAGUCGCUUAAAGCCGUGGCUCCCGUUAUGAACAAUGACAAACACUGCUUUGAGUGCUACGGCUAUGACAUCAUCAUUGAUGACAAGCUGAAGCCAUGGCUUAUUGAAGUGAAUGCCUCUCCUUCACUCACCUCCAGCACAGCUAAUGACCGCAUUCUGAAGUACAAUCUCAUUAACGACACGCUGAACAUUGUUGCUCCCAAUGGUGAAAUCCCAGACUGCCGAUGGAACCGAACCCCACCCAAAGAAGCUCUGGGAAACUAUCAAGUGCUUUAUGAUGAAGAACAGGCACUAAGCGAGAAUGCUGACCUGCGGAGCCGUUCAGGUCAGUCUCUGGGGUCAAAGAGCACAAGGUCAAGCAGCGUUCGCCCCAUCCCAGCCACGUGGAAGUAAGGUCAUGAUCUCGAGCCGCACACCUCUGCAGCCUCUAUCUCAUGGUGCAAAGAAGGAUUGUGGGAAGAUGUGCUCAUUCUGUUGCCCAGUCUAAAUCUGUGGACUCCGGCUGACUUUGGACCUAUGUCCUGUGAUGUUCAGUACACUCAGCGUCCACACAAAUCUGCGAGGCCACAUGGCUGAGAGCGUGUGAAAACCGCUAAUGAGAAGGCACUUCAGCUUGACCCAUGUCCAUGGUUAAUGUUGACAACAAAACCUACACAUUUGCACAGGAAUUGUGUAUUACUUAUUACUUAUAAUUAUGGAAGACAUUCUUUUAUUGUUUGUCUAAAAUUCUUGAUGUUAUUUAUUCUAAUUUUGUAACUCCUUCCAUUUCAUUUAUGUCAUCAUGUGAGUUUCACUAUGAAUUUUGGGGAACUCCACAAGCAAAUUCUAAUGAAGCAUACAUCCCAAACGGCCUCUCUGGAAUUUCACGGACAGUCCACAUUAUCCCCCUUACAGUCUAGAUGAAUGGCAGAAUUUCUCGGUAACAUACAUGUCUGCAAGAAGACUGGAGAUUUAGAUUGGGCUUGUCUUUGGCUGGUCAUCAAAAAGUUCCUGCACUUCCUUAACAUACUGAGAAGAAUGAGAAUUCACCAACACACCCUUUUGCAUGACAUUUAAGAUUCCUCCAAGGAGGCUGGAAAAGCAUAGGAAGAAGAAUCACCCUUUUUUUUGCAUGAUGCCACGACUGACGCUUAAUCAUCAAAUCUACUGCAAAGUCCUGAUGGAGAAAGAAAGAAUAAAAGGGACAAAGAGGUUUCAUCAGAGAAACCUGUCUCUAGUCCUCACCUUUUCAAAUGUGGCCAAUUCAUUGUUUUUGUACUUUGUAUCGCCUUUUUAUGUGACUUAUUUAUUGUUUAAGGAAUGUACUCUAGAUUAUAUCCAGAUAUUUAUGAUGAAUCCUUCUUUCUGUAUAUUAAGUUUGUAUUAUUGCAUCAUGUGCUGUUCAGUGGUCAGUCCUAUUGUGCUACAAAGUCCCCUGGGACACAAUGACAAUGGCACUCUGACCAAAGACAUUAGCAACUUGGUUCCAGUAUAUCUGACUACGUGCCCUCUAAAUACGGACUAUGCAGCCUUAUUUUACUUAAGCUUGCAUAUAAUGUCAAAGAUACAAUGAACUGUUCAAACUGAAUGGCUCUGCUCUCUGUCUUCACUUUUUCAAGUUUCAGUGAAGCUGGACGAGGUCACAUUUGAAUAAAAGCUUUUCGUUCCUGCUGUGUCAUCAACCAAAUUCAGACAAUCUGCAGUGUUAUCAGACGCUCCCCGCGUUCUGCUGUUUGAACAGUGAGUACCUUG